CCGGACCGACCCCCGUGCUACGUAGUUCUAGCGGGUAGUUACUGAGUGUUACAUUUGUGUUAAGUUAAACAAAUUUGAAACGACUCACUCGCUGUCACGUUGGACAUCAGCAGACAUGUCCUCGUUGGGAGCAGCAGCAGUCCUCAGCGUUUGCCUUUGUCUGUUAUCCUGCACAAAUGCUGAUACACAAAACUGCGUGGAUUACAACAACGAUGUAUUGUACAAAGCUGACGACAUGGAAGGAACGUGGUAUCCAAUCGAGAUAGUGAUCCACCGCAACGACUCCAAGAUUUACGGAGUACCUUUGGACACCAAUUGCCCGGCAGUCACCCUCACGAAAGGGCCAAAGAAGACGCUGGUGAUGAUGUGGAACUCUACAGAGGGCGACCUGGAGUACAAAUUCCAGCAGAAGGGGAGGGGACAGUGGCAAUCUAUCAGUGAUCAGAAAGGUUCUUCCAAUCCAGCUCAACAACUGAAGACGUCCCAGGCAUCGAUCCUGACUUUAGAAAAGGACAAAUACAUGAUUGUCCGACUCUGCUCCACCUCUAUUCACAGCUCUGUUAUCCUCUCCCGCCAAAACACUAGAUCAGCUGAUGUACUGAGUGGGGCAAACCUACAGCUGGCUCAGCUAAACAAAUCCCCAGCCUAUGACAGGAAGCCAAUGUGUAGCGCUGGAGCGUUGUUGGGUUACUCCAUCAACGUUUUACUUGCGACCGCCUCCCUUAUAUUACUUUUACGGAUUUAGACAAUUGAUCAAGCGUUAUGAUUGUAGCUCUUCCUAUGUAAAGACACACAGAUGUGCCCCAGAUGUUGUCGCGUUGAAAGAAUCGGCUAGAAGUUCGCUUUGAACUUGAGCAAGAUACACUGAGUGUGAACGUUGAUGAUUUUACUUAUGCGCCUCAUGGUAGAAUCUUCUCGGAUACCCUUGCACGUGAUUUCUUUAGAGAUUCAAUUAUUUGAGGCUACAUUAUUAGAAAAGCCAAUACCAUUUAGUGUAGUUCCAUUGACUAUCGACCUGCAGAUAGCAAAUUGAAACGAGUCUCUGAAUUCUUAAAGAUUUACCAAUUACGGAUCGUAAAAUUGUUUAAGUUUAGAAGUAGAGAAAAUGUAUCAAUAUCGUAUAUAGAUCAAAAUCCAUUAAAACAUUUACGUUGCAAAAACAUUCCUCCCUCAAGCAAAAGAUGUUCCCAAGCUUAGCGGCGUUCACGCAUUUACUUCAAUCACGUUUGUGCCUUUACAAAGAGAGAGCUUAUGUGUAUAGUUACCUCAGCUUACGCUUUACGCACAAUCCUUGCACAGCACUUCGUGUACAUGACUGCAACUGUAUAUAUGUACCUAACUGUGACCAGCAUUCCAAGAAGCCUUUACAACUAUAUGAACCUAAUGCAUUUUUCUGUUGAAGGGUCGCUGGCAGGUGACAACUACAAACAGUACGGAGGGAUUUUCCGCGUUUUUAAAAUGGACGAUGACUACAUGUUCUUGAGCUAUUGCUCUAAAAAUUACCGCGUUCUGAACACGGUUGCGUUCUCUAAGAGUGGUACGAUGCCGCCGGAACUGAUAGACGAGACUCUUAAAGAGUUGGAAGAUAGGAAAAUCAAACGAUCAAGACAGAUCAGGGUCCCGCCUUGUGAAGAAGGAGGAUACAGCCAUCGCAUCUUGUCUUCGUGUUUGUUGUCAAUCCUCCCAAGUCUGGUUGUGCGGUUUCCUCUCUAACCUCGCCACUAAGCCGAUGUUUUUGAGAGUUAAACAGUUGAUUUGCUGCGAUUCCUGUAGUUUGCUUGCAAAAUAGCCGUUUGUAGUUUGUCUCGAACAAGAUGAUCCCGACGUAAUGAUUAUCAAAAUACAUUAGGUACUCGAAGUAAGUACUAGAAAAAAAGAAAGAAAUAUUGUAGACCGUCAGCCAUGCUGCGAUAAACAUAGGUUCUGGCGUCCACCGCUGGGAGCGCCGUGUAGUCACGGUGUACGCGCUACGUAACUACACGGCACUCCUAGCGGUGGACGCCAGAACCUAUGCUAAUCGUAGCACGGCUGACGGUCUAUAUUUCAUUCUUUUCAUCUAUGGUACUGUAUGUACGAAUGCAUCAGGUGUUGCGGCAUUCCCUUAUCUUGCAUGCCUGUAUAAAACACAUUCAAAUGUGUGUUACCUCCAAACCAAACUUAUUGGAAUACGAAUUGGAAUCCUUUAUUAUAAAAGUACCUAAGGACAAAAAAAAUCUAUCGCUCAAAAAGUGCUUUUGAAUCAUAGCAGAUGUGAAUGUAGAUAUUUUCUAUAGUUACUAAUAAGAGAAAACUAUGCCAAGAGCUGAAAUUUUUUAAAUUCUCUGAUUUACUCAAAAACUUAAAUUUACUUAAAACAUGAAUAAACUAAAUAACAAUUAAAUUAAAUUUUACUUUGAAAUGCGAACGUUUUUAAAUUAAGUGACAAUUUAUAGUCUGUUCCUUUUCGGCAUUGUAGAGUCUAAAAUUGGUCGGAGAGAAAACAAUACGUUUCGAGAUCAUCCUGUGAAUAAUAUUUCUUUGGGAUAUUUUUUUGCAGAAAGACCUGCGUUCGCUUGUCAGCUACGAAUGAAUACUUUUAUUCUUUUAACUUGACAUAAUCCCCCUUAGUUCCCACCAUAUCAUCCCUUCCCAUCGCUACCUGUACCUCCAUCUACAUGUACUCAUUGUUGACAUUGAACGGCUUGUUGAGUUGUUGCCGAUAGAAGCAAUCGCCUCGUUUGCCUUGACUUGUUAUCAAUUUAAAUUCUACGGAGUAACUCCUCGGGGUGAAGUUUGUAAAUAAGAUUUCAAUGAGAGUUUUGAUCUGAUUGUGGCCUUUUAAAAUCUACGUGUGGAUCGCAUCUUGUGAUGUAGCUUGAACUUAUGUCUAUUCUCGUUGACUGAACUGUUGUAGUGGUGAAUUGCGACAUUUUCACUCAAAUUGAUUAUUAGUGGUAGAAAAUUGAUUGACUUCCACGUAUAGUUUCAACGGUUCACCACUAUAAACAGAUAAGGAUAUAACUUUUUGAAGAUUUGUUGAUAUUUGUAUGUUACAUGUAGUUGUACGGUGUCUACCAUUUGAUCGAAAAACAACUUGGUCAUCAAGCCAGUUAACUGUCGUUACUAGUCUAAUUAAAUAGAUCGAUAGAAAUAAGACAUACUACUUUGUCGACAUUUGUUGAGCAAUCGCGAUUUAUUUUCACGUAAAAUAAGAUGAAUGAUGAGAAACCACUUGACUGUCAAGAUAGUUUUCUCUUGGACACUUGACCGUCAGUCGGUCAACUGGCUUGACAACCAAAUAGCUUGUCGUACAAGUGGUAACGCCCCGUAGUUGUAGGCCUAUCUGUCGUACAUCUGUCUCACUUCCCCACACUGCAAUACAGUAUUCUGUCUCACACUCACGCCCUUCCAUCCGUCCCGCUGUAGAUUCCCUGCUUGCUAUAGGCUUGGCCUUACGUUAUUUUUUUGAUAGUUUAUUCUAACGUGUAAGUCCUGUGAGUCUUCAAACUUGUUUGUGAUGUGUCACAUAUUGUACGGGGAGGAAUGCAUUGCAUGUGUAUGGUAAUUUAUCGUUUCAGGCUUGUGACGAAUAUUAGAAUCAAGUAUACAGUUUUGGACAGAGCAAAUGUUUAAUUCUUGAUUGGGUUAUCCAUCAAAUAUAUUUCUUAAAUAUUACGUAUUUUAAAAUAUUGUAAUGUACUCAUGUCAUUAUGCUGUACUAUAUAAGUUACAUGUCUAACAUUCAUGUAAUUAAUCGUUAAAAGUUUAAUUAGAGGAUUCCAGACAGUUUCUAAUUAUUUGCAGGCUUAAAUUCAAAAUAACAUUUUAAAUUUACUAAUUGCAUAUUAUGGUUUGAAGUUGUACAAACAGGCUAACUAGCUAUUCUCAUGUGGCGUCACAAAAACAUUUAAAUACAUAAUAUAUGGGCGUGCAUUAAAUGUAUGAGGACAUAAAGCCUACAUUACCGCUUAGCAGUUUAGUAUUAAUUGUGGAGCAAUGCUGCUUUACAAGCCAAACGUUUAUACAUCACGAUAUGGAGAUACUUUUUAAAGAAAUUUCAACUUUAAUAAUAUGAGUAUGUUUAUUCUACUGAAUCUUAAAGGCAGGGUCAAGCACAGAAAGGGUCUUAAACAAAUUUUAUUUAGACGGUACUUCAUGUGAUAUAAAGUUUGAAACCUGUUUUUCAAACGUUCAAAAUGUAAAACUUUAAUUUGGGAUUUACUUUUAAUUAGCUAAAUAGCUAGUAACAAAUCCGACAGCCGCUCCAACACCAAAGGAAUGCUAAUGAUAAACCACAAAAAGCCCACAACACGCACUUUACAUAGCUAGUGCACUAUUCCUAAUACUAAUAUCCCAAUAUUCAUGUAAGUAUUGAGUCUGUGUAUAUAGCUAUCCAGUUAUGCACGAAUAAUAAUUUAGUAAAUUAAAUAUUAUUGUUAAGGUAAUUAUGUAUUGUAUACAGUAUGAAAUAAAAUGGUUUAUUGUCUGUAA